AUGAGAAAGCCACCAAGAAGUUUGGAAGAAUGGUUAUACUACAAGUUAAUGGAUAGUCAGGGCUUUCAUCGCUUCGUUGGGAAAGUUUACCGUAAAGUGAACAAUAUACAAGACCCAAAUUACGAGAAGGCCUCAUCGAUUUCCGAGUCCACAUUCAAACCUUCGUCUUUGCAAAUGUUUAAAGCCUAUAGAAUGCUAUUCUGGGAUGAGAUACGAGGAAUUUUUGGACUGCCGAGAAAGACCAAUAAAUACUUUAAGGAUUAG